GAAAAACGUAGUUCCGUCACAUGCCCGAACGCACAGGUCGCGAACUCAGAAGUCGUUCUUCAGAAGCUCAAUUUUGGUCUCUGCACCUGGGUUGCUGCUAUUAACUCGAGAAAUGAUUUGUGAUUUAUGAACUGAAACACAUGUAAGUUGAGAAGAAUCGAAGAUAUGAGGAAGCGGGAUUUGGCCAUUCUUAUGCUUUCAGCUUUCGCCAUUUUCUUCUCUCUUCAGCACGAAGGUGGCGUAUCAUUUAAAGAUGCGUGGAUGCAUCUAUUUGAUGAAUACCCGAUUAAAUAUGAAGCCGAACGCCUUCCGCCGCCGUUGGUUGCUGAUUUAAACGGGGAUGGGAAGAAGGAAGUUCUUGUGGCUACACAUGACGCAAAAAUUCAGGUUUUGGAACCCCAUGGUAGGCGUAUGGAUGAAGGAUUCAAUGAGGCACGUCUACUUGCUGAGGUUUCUUUAUUGCCUGACAAAAUUCGGGUUAUGUCUGGCAGACGCCCAGUUGCUAUGGCUACUGGAUAUAUUGAUCGAUAUAAAGUUGGGCAACCACAUAAACAAGUUCUUGUUGUAGUAACGUCUGGUUGGUCUGUUAUGUGUUUUGAUUCUAACCUCCAAAAGCUGUGGGAAAAUAAUUUACAGGAGGACUUUCCGCAUAACGCUCACCAUAGGGAAGUUGCAAUCUCUGUUAGCAAUUAUACUUUAAAGCAUGGAGAUACAGGAUUGAUCAUUGUUGGCGGGAGGAUGGAAAUGCAAUCUCAUAUUUUUGUGGACCCUUUUGAAGAAAUGGCAAUGGGAGCCAGGUAUGCUGAGCAGCAUCGGAGAAGUGCUACUGAAAAGGAGGCUUCUGAAAACUCUGGAAAUGUGGAUUUGCGGCAUUUUGCAUUCUAUGCAUUUGCUGGACGAUCUGGAGCUGAAAGAUGGACCCGAAAAAAUGAGAACAUUGAAGCACUAUCUUCAGAUGAAUCACGUCUACUUCCACAACAUAACUUCAAGCUUGAUGUUCAUGCUCUGAAUAGUCGUCAUCCUGGAGAGUUUGAAUGUAGAGAGUUCAGAGAAUCAAUCCUGGGGGUCAUGCCACAUCACUGGGAUAGGAGAGAGGAUACUUUAUUGAAGCUGGCACACUUCAAGCGGCACAAGAGGAAAUCAUCGAAGAGAAUACCUGGAAAGACUGUGAAUUAUCCUUUUCACAAGCCUGAGGAAAACAAUCCUCCUGGGAAGGACUCAUCAAAAAAAAUUUCAAACAUAAUUGGGAAAGCUGUAAACUAUGCUGGUUCUGCAAAACCUAAAAAGCUUCUACCUUAUGUACCGACCAUAACAAACUACACUCAAGUUUGGUGGGUCCCUAAUGUUGUGGUGGCUCAUCAAAAAGAGGGGAUUGAAGCUCUUCAUCUGGCAUCUGGUCGAACUAUUUGCAAGCUUCAUCUUCAGGAAGGUGGUCUUCAUGCUGAUGUUAAUGGUGAUGGAGUUCUAGAUCAUGUGCAGGCUGUCGGAGGCAAUGGUGCUGAGCAGACUGUAGUCAGUGGGUCAAUGGAAGUGCUACGUCCUUGCUGGGCUGUUGCAACAUCUGGUGUGCCAGUUCGGGAACAACUCUUUAAUGUAUCUAUUUGUCAUUUUACCCAUUUUAACUUGUUCCAACAUGGAGAAUUUUCUAGAAGCUUUGGUCGAGCUUCAGAUAUAUCCUCUUUAGAGGUGGCAACACCUAUACUUAUUCCAAGAAGUGAUGGUCACAAGCAUAGGAAAGGAAGCCACGGUGAUGUUAUCUUCUUGACUAAUCGAGGAGAGAUUACGUCAUACUCUCCUGGCUUGCACGGCCAUGGCGCUGUUUGGCAGUGGCAGCUCUCAACUGGUGUUACUUGGUCAAAUCUGCCUUCCCCGUCAGGGAUGAUGGAAGGUGGUCUGGUGGUUCCUACCUUGAAGCCUCUCUCCUUGCGAGUGCAUGACAAUCAGGAAGUUAUCCUUGCAGCUGGAGAACAAGAAGCCGUGCUAAUAUCUCCUGGAGGCAGUCUGUUGGCUACAAUUGAACUUCCUGGUUCACCAACUCAUGCCCUGAUCUGUGAGGACUUCUCAAACGAUGGGCUCAUUGACCUCAUUCUUGUAACCUCUAGUGGUAUAUACGGUUUUGUCCAGACCAGGCAUCCCGGAGCGCUCUUCUUCAGCACUCUGGUUGGAUGCCUCAUAGUUGUGAUGGGAGUUAUAUUUGUCACCCAGCAUUUGAAUUCUGCAAAGGCCAAGCCUCGUUCCUCAUCUGGUCCUCGGUGAGAAGAUUACGCACUAGGGUGCAAGUGUUUAUGGCGCUAUCAAAGAACAUGGAAAAACUUUUGGAUGAAAUGAAAUGUACUAGCGGAGAUUCAAGAGUUUCGGGUGCUCAUAUUUGAUGAGAUUUCAAGGAUGUAUCUCGAGUGUUUCACUGUCGACUGUAAGAUUUCUAUGGAGUAUGCCCGUGAAUGUACGAAAUUUUGGGGUCAUUUUAUACGAUAACAUACAUCUUACCCUCGCUGACCGAGCUCCUCGUGACUGACGUGUUAUGGUGGCUGUGGUAUGGAAAUGGCUAAUCUCUAUUUCAAGUAUUUAUGACUAGGGAUUGAAUGUCACAUAUUCUUAUUCUAAAGCUUAUGGGCUGGCUUACUUGGGCCUUCCAAAGAUCCUUCCAAGCAUCUUGAAACAUUGUCUUAUUUCAGGUCCAAAAUAUAAAUCUCGUUGAAUUCAGAGUCA